AUGGCCUGUGUUCAUUUGCUCAGCGGUAGGGAGUUGAUGACAGAGUCAGAGUUUGCCCAGUGGUGGGAGGAGACGGGUGCGCUCAGGGACAGUGGCGCAUGCUUUCUCGAUGCCUUGAGGGAGGAGCUGGCGAGACGUAUGCAGCUUGGCCAUUUCAGGAGGCUGAGCCUGGUGCGUGAAGGCCGAAGGCUUGGGAGGAGGAGCGCCUGGAGCAACAUGCAGCCGCUCGUGGCUGUGGUGCGACAAUUCGCGGCUGGCGCAGUCAAGAAGCAGCUGGGCAAUGCAGCCAAACACGGCGACGUUGGAAGUUUGAUGAUGCUUCUCGAGAGGCCUUCUGAUCCAAACAUUGGCGGACAAUCUUCACCCCUCCAUACUGCUGCUGAAAUGGGACAUUUGCAGGUGGCGAUGUGCUUGGUGGAAGCCGGUGCUGACAAAGACAAGGACUCGAUGGAAGGCCACACGCCGAUGCACCGUGCUGCUCGAUCCGGCCGCGUGGAAGUUGUGCGUUACUUGCUGGCAAUUGGCGCUGAUCAGUUUUGA